UUUUUACAGUGACUUAAACAAAUAUUUGUGGUUUAGAGUUAGCGUAUUAAUUUUGAAAACUUCAUUUUCCGUCUCAAAUCUUGGCAAGAAAAUCUACCGCUUUCAGCCAUGGCAGACCGUGGCUGGUGUAUCAAGUGAGUUGAUAAUGCUGUAGAGGUUGCUUUACUCUUCUUUGAAAUGAAGCGGAGUGUGUCUUCCCUGAUUACUUGUGGCGUUCUAAUGUUCUUGGCGUUACAACAAGUUAUAAAGCUAACUGCUGCAGAAGACAGAUACCAAUCAAGAUUCUUCGUUGUAAAAGAGUCUCAAAAACUAUAUGUUGGAGCGCAGGGAGUAUUAAGAACUGUUUUAGUUGCGGAUCGGUUAGCUUGUGUGCUUGAGUGCUUUCAUUACGGCGAAACCUGCAAGACAGUCAACUAUAAGAAAACGAGUAAUGAAGACAGCUCACACAUGUGUGAAUUGCUUGGAGUCGGCGAGAAAACGAAUUUUAGUGCGGUGGCGAUCAAUGACUUGGAUUUCGACAUAUACGCGAUCGAGAUAACGAAUCUGUGUUACCAUAAGCCUUGUCUGAAUGGAGCAAUCUGCCAGAAGACAGAUGAAUAUGCAUACCGCUGCACUUGCCCUAAAGGGUACAUUGGGAAGUUAUGUGAGAAAGAUUGUGCCGUCGCGUUAGGGGUGGAAAGUGGAUACAUUCUCAACUCACAAAUAACAGCCUCUACAAUUUGGGGAGUUUACCAUGAACCAUGGCGAGCGCGCUUGAACAAUCCCAUGAUCCUUGGCGGCAGUGUUGGCUCCUGGUCAGCAAGUAUCAAUGUUAUUGAUCAAUGGCUGCAAGUCGAUCUUGGCUCAGAGAAGACAAUCACAAAAGUUGCGACUCAAGGUAGACCGAAUUUCGCUGGUUACCAGUGGGUGACGCGCUAUGUGAUACAGUACAGUCUGGACCAAGCUACCUGGUCAUUCUGCUCCGAAGGAGGGGCUAUUAAGGAAUUUCAAGGAAACACGGACCAAUCCACCGCUGUGGGCCAUUAUCUUCCGUCUCCUGUCAGUGCAAGAUAUGUCCGAUUUGUUGUCAAGGCGUGGCACAACCAUAUCUCGAUGAGAGUGGAGCUCUAUGGGUGUACCUAACCGACCGGCUGGCCGACCAGCCAAGAAUUCACCAAAGCGUACAAAUACUUUAUUAAUCGUCACUUAACGGGUUUUCUGGAUUAAUUUACAUCUGUAAGGUUAACGAAUGUAAACCCUACUAUAAUAAUCAUGUACAAUGAUGGAAUUUAAAAAGUAAUGAUGUACUACUAUUCUCAUAUACUAUAAUAUACUACUAAAUAUACUACUAAUGAUAAUAAUUACGGUAUUAAAAUCAAUCUAAUCAUUA